CGCCAAAGGUAUAAUAAAUGGUAGCAGAUUCGCAGCAGUAUAACAGUGUCUUCGCAUGUUCUUACUAACAGUAUUAUAUGGAGUUUAAGGAGCGCAUCGGCUCUCCAUUAACAGGCUAAGCUUUACGUAUCCUUAACACACUGCGCUCUGCAGGAGCGCAGCACCUGCUUUGGGGACAGACUUGGUAAUGAAACGUCGCACUAGAGCUCGACUGCUCUUAACGGCACUUACAUGGAAGAAUAUACUUUCUCUCUUUCUCUCUCUCUAUCUCUCACUCACUCACUCACUCACCCUCUCAUCCUCUCUCACCCUCUCUUUCUUACUCGCCAGAGCUGUUCCACGGGUGUCUCGGAUCUACUGCGCUCUGCUGUGUUGUGCAGAUAGUAACUGAGCAGAUCCGUGACACCUGGAGCAGCUUGAGCGUACAGUCAGACACUUAAGUGAACUCGGUCGCUUUGACCCCGCAGUGUCUAUUCGAUCGUAAUCAGGUAGCGCGAAAAACCGUUUGCCAAACCGUACGUGAUACUCAGUUAAACGCUCUACGAGCCCUUCUAUUGUCAGACUUUUUCACACAGAGACAUUUGCGCAUUCUCAUUCGUAACCGGCCCCCUGCAUCUGUAAGAAUACGGCUGAGUAAUACCAAGAGAUGACCUCCGGAGAGUAUGUACAACCGAGAAACAAACAAAGACACCAGAGUGGCUCCGUAUCCUUUGAAUUUCCACUGAACGAUUCAAUCAAAACUUGUAUUUCGACACCAAACAUGUGUGUUCGCAGAGAAAAGGUUCAUUGUUGUGUGUUUCAAGUCAGUGAGUUGUUGUACUCCAAGAAAGUAAUAUUAAUAUGUAUGUUAUAAGUAUACAUAUGUAUGCAUUAUUGGAGCGCAAGUUCCAUCAUUGCAUACAUAUUUACCAAAGAAAGGGGAGGAAAACUAAGUACACGACUAUGAGAAUGCAUUCAAGGUCGCAUCAUUAUUGAGAUUGAAAGGAUUCAAAUAUUUGAUAAAGAUAUUUGUAACUUAAAAGAGGUUGGAGAGAGUCACUUGAGGUGACUCAAGACGUUGGACCAAAAAUUACAAAAGACUGGAACUCUCCAGAAUAUGUAGAAAAGAAAUGGGGAGUAGAAAUGCAUAAGGAUUCCAAGAUCCGAUGGUCCAGUUGGUCCUAGAAGGAUUUAAAAACAUAAGCGCAUGGAAAAUAUCCGCAAUCUCGCGAGGGAAAUCGGGGAAUACACGAGAGUCCGCCGAGGACCUUGGUGGUGAAUAACUGCGACGAGAAUUCGAAGCAGACUCGGCGAAAAAAAGUUGACGAGAAUAUAGAGGAAGGGGGAGAGGGGGGGCAGCGAGAGCGACAAUUUGCAAAUUCGACGCACGGGCCGAUAUGAGACGUAACGAAAUUCUCUCUCUUUUGUCGCGGGGGAAAAAGAGAGAAAGAGAACGAGCGAGUCUCCGGAGGCCAUUUUGUAUUCCCAGCGCGAUGCGCGGUAUUGAUUUGUCCUGUCAACUCGGGCCAGGUACUCGGAGCGGCCCGGGUGCCGACGCCCGGGGCUCCGGCGCGCGAGCAGCGAGCGACGGCGCGCCGCGUCGCAUCGUGUGCACCAGGAGUCGCGUCGACGCCGGCGGCGUCACUUCGGGUGACGGCCGUGAGUCGCGUCGAGUGACAAGUGGAAAACGUUUGAUGAAUGCCUUCCAGUAUGAUUGUCAGACAUUGUUAACACGUUUCGAGUUAACUUACAACACUCACUUUCAAAACUUCUGUGAGAUUUGGAGAGAAAUGCAGUUCUCAUUGAUAUUUGAUUGCCAGUCCUCUGAAGUAACCCUGAGAAUCUUUUGUGAAAAUGCUCUCCAUGUAACAAAGCAAUUUCUGAUCAAAGCAUCGAGCCUGAAAGAACGUAUUGGCGCUCUGUAUCUUAUGUACAGUGUAUAUUACAUGCUGCAAAAAAAUGAUUUAAAGAUUAGAAUGACCUUCUCAGAUUGGGAAUGUUUAAUGAAUCUGCAUCAGCAGAUUAAGGUGGAACAGUAUCUCGAUGCUAACUAUAUUUUGUGUAAACUAAUUGUCGAUCGUGCAUUUAUCCAUUGCUUUAGUGACAGUGAGUUUGGUAUAAAUAAGCACUACCAAAAGAGCAAGACACAAUCUAUGUUGGAUUAUAGCUUAUCGCCAAAGAUUAAAGAACUAGCAGCACCAGGAAAGUUGCUCUCGACAAUCAGUCAUUUAAGCAAGAUAUACACAGAGAAGAAGCAUAUUCUCCUCAGUGAGCAGGAAAUCUCCAGUGUGCAAUUGUACGAUGCAAAUAUGGCGGAUAAUAUCAUCGAUAGCAUUCGUACGAUGCAAUCUCAGAAUAGAAUAUUUUCACAAAAUAUUAGCGAGGAUAAUAAUGAUGAAUCGCCAGCGUUAAUGCCAGCGUCAGCAUUAGCGUCAACAUCAGAGGCAGCAUUAGCGUCAACAUCAGAGUCAGCGCCAACGUCAUCAUUGUCUGUAUUAAUGUCAACAUCUAAUAACCAGAGCAGUCAAAAAAUUAAAAAACGAAGAAACAAGAACGUCCAACGUCGGAAGAAACUAAUCCUGGCCAAGAUUGGUAGUGCGUUUGAAACAGCGCUAAGAUCGGAGUCCGAAGAUUCUUCCGAAGAAGAAGUGCAUAUGGAAAUUGAUUCAGAUACUAGUGCAGAUCCUUUGGAAGAUCUGCGGGAGAUUGUUGAAAUUACCUCAAAUUGAGAGGAUCGCACGCGGAAAGUGAGCGAGUUUUUAAGACCUUCAAAAUCCUACAGGAUCCCCGACUUCGAAUAUCAUUCGAAAUGAGCCUCGUAGAUUCGCUUACGGUGAUAUCGCCAGCAUUGAUCGUUCGUCAAUGUUCU